UUUGUAAUUUCGUACUAGAGCCAGUCCCUUUUACUCCUGUGCAAGCGGCUGCCAGCCUAUAAAAUGAGUUGCCGAUCCUGCAUUGUCUCCACGGCUCUUCAUUUCCAUUCUCUCUCUCCCUCUAUCUCUCUCUACGAUGACGGUCAUUGUUCCUGAGCCGGUUCUGUCAGAGGACAACGACAUCUACAAUAGAGGAGAUAGGAGAGAGGAUGAUGAAGAAAAUAACGACUCUUUGAAUCUCGAUGGAGGAUUCGUCGUUCCUGAUAACAAUGCCUUCGGUCAUUCUUUCAGGGAUUAUGAGAAGGAGAGCGAAAGGAAGGAUAGCGUGGAAGAGUUCUAUAGAAAGAAUCAUAUUAACCAGACCUACGAAUUCGCAAAGAAGAAGAAAGAGGAGUAUGGCAAGCUGAAUAGGGCCGUCAUGAGCAUAUGGGAGUGCUGUGAGCUUCUAAAUGAGUUUGUCGAUGAAAGUGAUCCUGAUCUUGACGAGCCUCAGAUCGAACACCUUCUCCAGACCGCUGAAGCCAUUAGAAGAGAUUAUCCUGAUCAAGAUUGGCUACACCUCACUGCGCUUAUCCACGAUUUGGGCAAAGUUCUAUUGCACUCCUCAUUCGGUGGACAGCCACAGUGGUGUGUUGUCGGAGAUACUUUUCCUCUUGGUUGCGCAUUUGACGAAUCCAUAGUCCAUCAUGAGCAUUUAAAGGAAAACCCUGAUUACAAAAACCCAGAUUUCAGUACGAAGCUGGGUAUCUACUCAGAGAAUUGUGGUCUUGAUGAAGUCACCAUGUCAUGGGGCCAUGAUGAGUACAUGUACCUGGUGGCAAAGGGAAACCAGACAACUCUCCCGCCAGCAGCGCUCUUCAUCAUCAGAUUCCAUUCCUUUUAUGCUAUGCAUCGAUCCGGAGCUUACACAUAUCUUAUGGAUGACAAGGACAAGGAAAUGUUGAAGUGGCUUCACGUGUUCAACAAAUACGAUCUUUAUAGCAAGAGCAAGGUGAGGAUCAACCAAGAAGAAGUCAAGCCCUACUAUCUCUCCCUCAUCGAUAAGUAUUUCCUGUCCAAGCUCAGAUGGUGAAUGGUAAAAGAGGCGGCGGAUGUAUGG